AGUAUUUCAGAAUUUCCAAGCCUCUAUUCUCGCGUCGGCCGCACAAGAACUGCUAACGGUUUCAAACAUUGCAUGGCGUGCGAACGACCGUAUAAAAAACUAUGCCGUUGAAAGCACACAGAGAUAUCGGCAUCGAUGCACGCACACGAGCCAUCACUACAGCAGCGCCCCUCUGGUUUUGCGUCCCGAGUGCGCGCGAGAAUUCACGAACACCGAAGUGGCUUUUGCUUUUGCUCCUGUCACGUUUGGAAAUAGCAUUCAAAAUUAAAAUAGUACAAUAACAAAAGGACCAGCCGGUCGAAACUGGACUGUACAGAGCUGACGUCACUGGGUCAGCGGCAAAGGACGGAGAGUUAAACAGCCAUGGCGGGAAGUUGGUGGAGGGAUCCCACCGUUGAUGAUGGGGAAGAAGAUGCAACUUCAGAUCACGCAGUCAGAUUAUGGAAAAGUGCGUGCGGGACACUGAUGGCGCCGGCACCCGAAGAGGCCUGGGUACAGAUUGAGGAGCAUUCUGCCCCAAAUACCUUAUGGCAUUCACUCAAGAACUGCGUGGCUCACCAGGCCGGAGUGUGGCAAAACUUACUAGCUAAAGGAAUGGAUGAUGUGAUUCAACCAGCUGCUUUCAAAUUAGCGCUGGUUCUGAGGCAUACGCCGACUGAGGUCACCACUACGCUCCUGAAUGAACUAUUACGGUUACACCCUCAAGCUCAAGAUUUGACUUCCUACAUAUUGACGUUACUGACUGAUGAUGAGGCAGGUUGCAAAAACUGCCUCCCUCGAGGUGAGAACUCCCCAAUUUCACCGGCGCCACAAAGAGAUCUCCAACUAUUCGGUGACUGUGAACUAGCAGUACUGGCCGCCCCCAUGGAUCAAUACGAUAAUCAUUCCAAGCUUGUACGAGCAGAAUAUUCCAAGCUAUCACAGGAACACUACAUAGAGCUAAGAAUAAAGGUGCUAAACCAGUUCUCGCAAAUACCAAAAGUAUUCCACACGCCCGAGUUCCAGCACUUCGAGAAAGCGGCGCGAGAGAACAUCGAGCGGGAGAUCCGCAACCUCCGUGAGGAGCUUCUAACGAACCAUGGGAAGAACAUAUAGAAUUGGUGUUAUGGUACAAAGAUAUCCAAGAACUGGCCAGGAUAAUGGUGCCGUAGGGAUUGGGUUUAGGGUUUUAGAGCUGAAGGCCUAAGUUACAGUGUCUAUAAAUGAGGCUAUAUUGAUGACAAUUCUUUCAGAAUUGCUAUUCAAGCUUCAUUUAAAAGGCUCUGUGACUUAUUAGUCUGGUAGAAAUAGAUUGUGCAACUAAUCUUUAGAUUAUUUUCUUGAAACUUCAUUUACUGUAAAAACAUACCUGUAUUAAUUUCACUUCUCUUUCUUCUAACUUUUUAGUAGUUGCCUCUUCAUCUUUGUAGACUUUCCAAUCCUCAGUUCCCAUUUCCUAUAUUAUAUAAAGAUUUUAGCACACUCUAUUAGCUCUAAAUCACCUGAAACCCUAAUCCUUAACGAGUCCUUUUCGGAAACUUACGUGCGUUAUUGUAGUUUUAUGAAUGAGUUACAUCAAAUGUAGUCUGGCUCUUAAUUGAUGACAAUGGGUGGGUAGGCAGCUGUUAGCGAGUAAGUUUCCAAAAUGGACUCUGAGGGACUGUUUUGCUAAUUUUUUACUUAUAACCAAACAUUUUGAAAAAGACCUUAGUUGCUGUGACCUACGGCAAGUUGUUGAGAAUCCCUUAGUCUAGAAAUAGUAUUUAAAAACCCUGUAGCAGCCUUGCUCUUAAUACACGACUAAGUUAUUUUACUACAAAAUGUAUUCAAGAUUUUAAGACGAAAUUAGUAGGUAUACUGAUUAUGAUCAUAUUUAUAUAUUUUAUGUUAGAUACAUAGCGUAUGAAAAUUAGCACUACAGUCCCUCUCAUGGCGCCAUUGCUGACCGGUUGUUGAUAUCCUUGUACCAAUGAUCUGAAAAGAUCAUUUUACAAGCGAUGGUCAUAACAUCUUGACCGCAUAUUGUGACGGGAAAGAAUAUAACAAAAAGUUAUUAGAGCAAAAUCUAUUUUGAAAUGUAGGCGAACGAUAGUGAUCUGUGAUUACGAAUGUUUUACCACCAAGGCGAAUGAUAUUUUAGUAGGAAUUUCGGUAGAUUUACAUAAAGUAGGUUCUUUUUCCCGUCACAAUAUUGUCGUGUUGCGUCACUGAAUAAAAAUACUGAAUAGACAUUUGGUAUGUUUCGGCUUAGAAGUAAAAUACGUUUUAAAUUAUGUUAGCAAGUACCAUCAGGAUGUAAAGAUUAAGUAUAAAAUGCCGACAGUAGGAGUGUUCAGGUUUCAGUGACACAUCUUUGUACCAUAACACCUAAAACGGAUACUGUAUGUUUAUUCAGAGAUAUUAGAUAAUUUUAAUAUCCAAUUUAUAAUU